AUGAAUGAAAAUCCCAACAAACUUGUGGGGGCCAUCGACCAAGGCACUUCUUCUACUCGGUUUGUUGUAUUUACCACAAAAGGCCGGAUUGCGGCAUCUUCGCAAAUGGAACACACGCAGAUAUUUCCGGAAUCAAACGCCGGAUGGCACGAACACGACCCGGUCGAGAUUUUCCGCAACACGGCAACCUGCAUUCAAGCAACGCUGCAGGCGCUCGAACGGAAAUCCUACGCGGUAUUUCUUUCCGCUGUAGGCAUUACCAAUCAGCGGGAAACGACUAUUGCGUGGAAUCGAGUCACCGGGGUACCUUACUACAACGCCAUUGUCUGGGACGAUACAAGGACCACGGGUAUUGCCAAAGCGAUCGCUCAGGGUAACUCGAAUCGCCUGCGAGAUCAGACAGGCUUACCGUUGGCAAGUUACUUUGCAGGUACAAAAGUCAAGUGGUUAUUGGACAACGUCGAAGCCUUAAGAAAGGACUUGGAAGACGAUGCGAAGUCUAGCGAAGUUUGUUUCGGAACUAUCGAUUCCUGGUUGGUUUAUCAACUUACUGGCACCAAAUCUAAUCACGACGGUGCAAUUAACUCGGGAGGAGUCUUUGUGACGGACGCUACCAAUGCAUCCCGUUGGUUGUUUAUGGACUUGGCAGCCCGUGUGUGGGAUCAGACUUUGGUUAACGCCGUUUGUGCGCCGCAUAGAGUUCCACUUUCGGCAUUGCCGGAAAUCUGCCCCAGUAGUCACGUUUACGCAACCUGUAAAGGAAUCGAAGUAGGUGUUCCCGGUCUCGACAAAGUUCCCUUGGCAGCCAUCUUGGGAGAUCAACAGGCCGCUCUCUUUGGGCAGACUGCCUUUGCUCCAGGAGAAGCCAAGAAUACCUAUGGUACCGGUUUGUUCCUCAUGAUGAAUACCGGGACUAAAAUCGUUCCGUCUAAGCAUGGUCUCUUGACCACUGUCGCUUACCAAAUUGGGCAAAAUGCCCCCGUUCAAUACGCUCUUGAAGGCAGCGUCUCCCAUUCGGGUAGCACUAUUCAAUGGCUCCGCGAUCAGCUUCAAAUCAUAAAAGAUGCGCCAGAAUCUGAAACCAUGGCGAGAACGUGUGACUCCAACCAAGGCUUGUAUUUUGUACCGGCAUUUUCGGGACUCUUCGCCCCGCAUUGGCGUUCAGACGCUCGCGCGUGCAUUGUGGGAAUGACGGCUUCCCACCACAGGGGGCACGUGUGUCGGGCCGCCCUCGAAGCUGCAGCGUACCAAACUCACGAAGUCUUCGCCGCGAUCGAAGCAGAUUCUAACGUGACGUUGCGGACACUCAAUGUGGAUGGGGGCGGAACACACAAUCAAUUAUUGAUGCAGUUCCAAGCGGAUAUUAUUGGUGUACCAGUGGUCAAACCUGCCGUUAUGGAAACCACAUCAAUGGGUGCUGCGUUUGCCGCCGGUUUGGCAGUGGGAAUCUGGCAGGAUCAACAGGAAAUCAAAGAAUUAUGGACUGCAGCUCAAACAUUCAAUCCAAAAAUGGAUGUUGAAGAACGAGACUCUUCCCUCGCGGGCUGGAGAAAGGCAGUUUCCAAAAGCCUCGAUUGGGUAGGUGAAGACCAGGACGCAAAGAAAGAAGAUAUCUGGUUGCUAUGUCCGAUGAAUCGGAACAUAUUUUAA